AUGCGAUUAAUAUGGAAUUGUUUGUUGUGGGCGGCACUCGUCAUCUCCUUAACUUCAGCAGGCGGGAACCAAGUGAAAUGUUUCUGCGACCGAGAUUCAUGCGACGACAAUUUGCUGUGUCAAGGAGAUUUCUGCUUUAUCGGGUUACAUCGCAGCGACGAUCGUGACGUUCCACGACUUCGACAACAUUGCGGGACUAUUGACGAACUUCCAUUUCUGAAUGCUCAUGUAAAUUGUGAUGAACGACAAGAUAACUGGCAAGAAGUGUGUAGAUGUUCCGAAGAUUUCUGUAAUACAUUCGCAUUCCUGAGGUCUUCGAUCGAUGUUCGACCAGAUCCAAAAGAUUCUGUACAAUUCGUGAAACAAGACGCACAAUAUCCAAUUGAACACAGACCUCAGCCAGAAGUCGUCUAUCGUCAACAUAACUCUUCACUUAUCGUACUUCUGGUUAUCAUCCCCUUGUCUGUCGGGGGUUUUGCAGUAUGCCUUAUCUUCCUAAACUACCAUUGUAAGAUGUGUUGA